CGCUCACGGACGCUGCCGGACAGAGCAUACUGUCACAACGCUAACGAAGAAAUGGAGGCCAUCAAGUCCACCCCCGGUCACAGGUUCGGGCGAACCAGUAUGGCUCUCGGCCUGCAACCCAAAGUGUGGCUAGACAAACUGCACGCCAUCUCGGAUCCCAGAACCCGAGACUACCCGGUUGUGCUGAACCCAUUUUUCGUCACCCUGAUGCUCGUCGCAUAUCUGUACUUCGUCAAGGUCGCCGGUCCGCGAUGGAUGAAGAACAGGGAACCGUUUCAAAUCACAAACAUCAUCCGCGUGUACAACAUCACCCUGGUCAUCGUGAACAUCAUCGCCAUCUUCGUGAUUCUCAUCCCCACGUAUCUGCCCGGAGGGACGUACAACCUGCUGUGCCAGGGCCUGACCGGCAAGUCGCCCGAGCAUCACCUCAAGUACUACAAGUACGGGUGGAUCCUGGUCGCGUGGCGAUACGCCGAUCUCCUGGACACCGUCUUCUUCGUGCUGCGCAAGAAGUUCAAUCAGGUGACCCAACUCCACGUCAUCCACCACACCAUCGUGGUCAUCAACAUCUGGUUCUACACCCGCUUCGCUCCCGAGGGGCAGCCGGCGCUCGGCCUUGCGCUCAACAUCUUCGUGCACAUCAUCAUGUACAUCUACUACUUCCUCGCCAGCUUCGGAGCCCGCAUGCAGAAGUACCUGUGGUGGAAGAAGUACCUCACGACGCUGCAGAUCGUGCAGUUCCUCAUUAUCAUCGUGCACAUGUCCAUCCCUCUCUUCGUCGACUGCGGAUUCCCCAGGCACGUCGUGCACAUAGCGAACGCCCAGACUUUCCUCAUACUCUGCCUGUUCAUAAACUUUUACCUGCGCUCGUACACGCAUUACAGCAACAAAUCAGCUGCUGACUCGGCGUCGGCGAACAGUGCAGUCGCCAGUGCGCAGAGUAAAGCAGACAAGAAGGAAUAGUCAAGAAGGAAAUCGCUCGUUUGUUUCAGUCCACACGCACCCCAUUCAAUUGCUUUUUGAAAGACGAUAUUGCGCAAUCGGGUGGUUCCCGAGUCGGAAUAAAGUAACAGUGGGUGCGGGGGCAUGUAAUUUACAUUCAGU